UCUACAAUUGCAGCAGAACCCAAAUAUUGCUCAGUUAUUGCUGUCUCCCUGCAAAUGGUGAACAUUUGCCCAGGUUUACAAAUCAAGCUGUUGCUAUGAUGAAUAAGAAGAAGCAAGACACGAUUGAGAGAUUCCUGAAUCACACUUUGGAGAUUAUCUAUAUGCUAACUGGGGAGGAAUAUGUCAUUGUGAAGAAAAAAUCCCCCCAGAGAGAGGUGCCUAUAAAAUGUGGGGACGUCUCUGUCUAUUUCUCCAUGGAGGAAUGGGAUUACAUAGAAGAACACAAGGAUCUUUAUGUGGACGUGAUGAUGGACAACCACCAGUCAUUGGGUUACCCGGCAAUACCUUCACCCCAGAGCCCAGGAAUUGCAGGUUCCUGUAAUGCAGAUCCAGAAUUAAACUCCCUUAACUUGUCAAAAGAAGAAGUAAGAAGUGAAAAAGAUGUUCCAGAGAUUCAGAUCUUAUCAGACAUUAUUUCAGAUACAAAGAGUGGUAAAGAAGACGAAAAUAGAAGCCAUCUUUUUCAAUAUAGACCUAUGAUCAGGAACACAUUAGAGGAAUCCCACCAAUCAGAAUAUCUCUCAGAUGCAGAAGUCUAUACUGUACCAGAUUUGUCAAGCAGAAUGAUCGAAGACCAUACGAGUGUAGCUCACAACUUUCAAAGACAAGAUUGUGAUGAAGACGUGUCUAGGGAAUUUCCUUCUCUAGAAGCAAGCAAUCUUACAUCCACAAGUCUCUCGUUUCAAAGUGAACAAAACCUGAACUGCGUUAACCAGAUAAUUUUGAACGGCAACCAUGAUGCAUUGUGUUGUCACCGGCAUGUAAAGGUAAACUGCUUAGACUACGAUUAUAGCAGCAAAUCUACCUACGAAACUACUCAACCAUCACAAAUUGAUGAAAAUCUGCACAGAAAUGCUGACUGCGGUAAAUACACAUAUAAGUGUAGCUUUGUUGUUCAUCAGAGACAGCACACAGACAGCAAGAUUCAUCAGUGCGCAGUGUGUGGAAAGUAUUUUGCUCACAAAAGCAGCCUUGUAAAACACCACAAAAUCCAUACAGGCGAAAAGGAUCACAUAUGCAGCGAAUGCGGGAAACCAUUCGCUCUAAAAUACAAUCUCGUUCAGCACCUGAGGUCGCACACCGGAGAGAAGCCGUAUAAGUGUGCUACAUGCGGAAAGUACUUUGCUUACAAGUCUGCCUACAACCAGCAUCAGAAAACUCACAAUAAGGAAAAGUCUCACGUUUGUUUGGACUGUGGAAGAUGCUUUAGUAGGAAAUCUAAUCUUGUUAGCCACCAGAGUGUUCACGUGCAAGAAACUACAUAUAUAGAAAGCUAAUAGGCCAGGCGUUUUACGUACAGUCCGGCACGCAACUUGGGUGAGAGGGAUUGUUACAAUCCACCCCCCGAGAGGGAGAGUUACGCUUGAAAAGAGUUGUAGUUGAGCAGUUGAUUGAAGGGAUUGAACGAAUAAUAGCUGCAAUCCCCAAGAAGAAGAUUAAAUACUUGGGUUUAACCCCUUAAGGACACAUGAUGGUAAUAUUCUGUCACGAUUCCCUUUUAUUCCAGAAGUUGUGUCCUUACGGGUUUGAAAUAGCCAAGUAGGGAAAAACAAACGUGGCUGCUAAGGCUCCAUCACACACGGAUAAGUAAAGGUAUUGUAUAGGAAGAUACUUUUUCUCUUGUCAAUUGAAAAUGGGAAGUUGAGAAUUUUGAAACCGACUUUAUCAGCAGGCUAAGUUUCCAACACUGUCUUCUCUGUAACAUUUAAUAUGUAAAAUAAAAACUAGCAUGGUUGAAUUUUUU